AUAAAACAUUACGAUUAUCAACCAAGCAUGUUACAUUAGAUUUAGUAGUCUGCAGAUAUUUCUAAUGUAUAAUCAAGCAGAAAUGACAUUUUCAAAUAAAAUUAAUUUUGGUUACAUCUUUUAGUAAUGGAGCAAAAAUUAAAAUAUUCUUUAUUAGCCAAAGAUGUUUCGGAUGAUAGUAAUAUAUGGACUAGGAAUGAGAAACGAAUAUGGUUUGUCACGCUGCUUUUGGGCACAUCGGCUUUGUAUUCAACAAGAACAACAAUGCCACUUUUGAUGCCAGCUGUAGCUUCAGAAAGAAAAUGGACGAAAACAGAUUCGGGCACGGUUCUUAGUUCCUUUUUUUGGGGAUACACCUUAACUCAAGUAUUAGGCGGGUAUUUAUCUGAUAGACUAGGGGGCCAAAGAGUGAUUUUAACUGCUGCAAUAGGAUGGUCUUUAAUUACAUUAUGGAUGCCUCAACUUAUUUGGUUAAUAAAAGAUGCAUCAUUAUCUGUAUAUUUCAUAGUAGCAAUUCGUGUAUUAAAUGGAGCUUUUCAGGGUGUGCAUUUUCCAAGUAUGAUAAGUUUAACUAGCCAACGUCUCCCUGAAUCAGAAAGGGCUAGUUAUUUUAGUACUUUAACAGUGGGAUCCGCGCUUGGUACUCUACUGACAGGAUCUUUAGGUUCUUUUCUUCUAGAUUAUUUUGGAUGGCCUUCCGUUUUCCACAUAAUAGGAUUUUUAGGAGUUUGUUGGGCACUAGGAUUGAGAUAUUUAAUAAUUUCUUCUAAUCAUAAUGUCGUUUUAUCAGUGCCUCGGCAAUUGUCUAGGCAAAAACCUACAGUACCUUGGUUGACUUUAAUGUCAAAAUUAUCAUUCUGGGCAUGUGUUAUUGGGCACGCAUGUCAGACCAAUUGUUUUUUUGUUUUAUUAUCUUGGAUGCCCACUUAUUUUCAUGAUACAUUCCCAGAUGCAAAGGGCUGGGUUGUAAAUAUGGUACCCUGGUUAUCACUGGUGCCUUGUACAGUACUAGCACGGGCUUUAUCAGAGUAUUUGAUAAAUCGAGGGACGUCCCUUUCGUACGUUAGAAAAAUAAUUCAAAGUCUGUGUUUUGUAUGUGAAGUUUUAGGAUUGUAUUUUUUAUCAGGAUCUAAAACAUUUUAUGAAGCACUAUUUUGGAUGGUCAUUAUAAUUGGUGGCACAGGUUUUCAUAAUAAUGGAAUAACUGUUAAUCCUCAAGAUUUAGCACCAUCACAUGCUGGUAGUGUUUUUGGUCUCAUGAAUACUGUUGGUUCAGUUCCAGGUUUUUUAGGGGUAUAUUUAGCGGGGCACAUAUUGGAAGUUACCCAAAGUUGGCCUGCUGUUUUCAAUUUAACUGCAGCAAUUAGUCUGUGUGGAUGGUUGUUGUAUUUAGUAUUUGGAACUGCAAAAGCUAUUGUGUGA